CCUGGUCGUGAGCGGCGCGGCAGAGCGGGUGGGAGCGCAGCGCAGAGCAGAGAAGCAGAGCCCUCCCGACGCCUCGCCCGGGCGCACUGCCGCCGAGCCCCCUCCCCGGAACGCUCCCGCGGGCGCAGCCUCGCGGCCAGCCCCCCAGCGCGUCCAGAGCCUCGCGGCGUCCGACCCUCCUGGGCCCCGCAGCCUCCCGUGGUCUCCCGGCCGCCGAGCGCGCGCAGGACCCCGGCUCUCCGAUGCCCGCCCAUCUACCCGAGGGGAAGCUCCCCUCCGGUUUCUCCACUACCACUGCCUUCGCUCGCACGACCCAGAAUGGGGAAGCCGGCACGGCGAAGGCCGCCCCCAUGCAGGAAGCUGAGGGGCCUGAGCGAGAGAUGACGGACGACCUCUUCGACGAGAGCUACCGCGAGAAGGAGGGUCCCAAGCCUGCCAAAAUCUAUGUCUGGAGGAACAUCAUCCUCAUGUCCCUGCUCCACCUGUCCGCAGUGUAUGCCGUCUUCACCAUACCUUCCGCCAAGGUCCUCACCUUGCUGUGGGUGCUUCUGUGCUUCACCUUGAGCGGCCUGGGAAUCACUGCCGGUGCACAUCGUCUCUGGAGCCACCGCUCUUACAAAGCCUCCUUGCCUCUCCGGAUAUUCCUGGCCAUCAUCAACUCCAUGGCCUUCCAGAAUGAUAUUUACGAGUGGGCCAGAGACCACCGCGUCCACCACAAGUUCUCAGAGACAGACGCCGACCCCCACAAUGCCUCCAGGGGCUUUUUCUUUUCCCACAUUGGCUGGCUGCUGGUGCGCAAACACCCAGAUGUCAUAGAGAAGGGGCAGUUGCUGGAUCUCUCCGACCUGAAAGCAGAUAAGGUGGUGAUGUUCCAGAGGAGGCAUUACAAGGCCUCCGUGGUGAUCAUGUGUUUCCUGGUCCCUCCGCUGGUGCCAUGGUAUUUCUGGGGAGAGUCCUACUUCAACAGCUUCUUACUGGCCGCCAUCCUCCGCUACACGCUGAUCCUCAACGCCACCUGGCUGGUGAACAGCGCGGCUCACAUGUACGGCUACAGGCCCUACGAUAAGACGAUCAACCCCCGGGAAAACCCCUUUGUGGUCUUCGGAGCCCUGGGCGAAGGCUUCCACAACUUCCACCAUACCUUCCCCUUCGAUUACUCAGCCAGUGAGUUUGGCCUGCGGUGGAAUUUCACGACAGGCUUCAUCAAUCUUAUGUGUUACCUUGGCUUGGCCAGUGACUGCAAGAAAGUGUCCAAGGAGGUAGUUUUGGCCCGGAGAAUUCGGACUGGCGAUGGUAGCCACAAGACCGGCUGAAGGUCUACUGCCUGCACCUCUUCUGCUCUCCUCCUCCUCCUCUUUCAGACAACCUGGGCAUACGUUUAAUACUCUGUUUACUAACUGUCAAGCAAAGCAUUCAGGAGGCUCAAGAUGAUGACUCUAACCCAUUCCGGCACCGUCUUUUGAAACCAUACGCUUAAGGCCUGUAACUUUCCCUUACUGGUUGAGGGGCUUCCUUUUUUCUACCUUGUGUUCUGCUGCUCCCUGCCAAAAUCUUCCUUAUUUCCUCUCCGCACUCCCCUGCGAAGGAUGAUAGGGGCUGAGCCAGCACGGUUGUUCCAAUGUAGGGACCUCUCUUGCUUGUAGAGAAACAAUGAGUUGGACCUCUCUGGCCAAGGGUUCUGCUGUCCCUUAGCAAGCGCUGGGUGCAUUGAUGUAAAAUCUGGGUGGAAGGGGAGAGAGGACCUCUUUUUGCAAGGGUAGCAAAUAAACCUGCAGGCCAGUCUCAGAA